AUGAUGGAAAAUAUUGAAGAAACAUUAAAAUUAGUUGAAAUUACAGAUACAACAACAACAACAACAAAUACAACAACAACAAAUAAUCAAGAGGUUAUUAUUAUAAAUGAAAAAAAAGAAAUUAUUAUUAACGAAAAUGAUAUUGAAGAAGGUAGAGAUUUAGAUAAUGAGUCAGGUAGAUCAUUGGCAUAUUUUGAAAGAAUAUUAAAAUUGGAGGCAAUUGUUGGAGCUGAUGUUAUUGAGAUUGCAACAGUAUUAGGAUGGAGAGUUGUUGUUAAGAAAGGAUUAUAUAAAGUUGGCGAUCCAGUAGUUUAUUGUGAGAUCGAUUCAAUAUUACCACCAUGGCAGUAUUUUAUUGAUGAUAAAAUGGAUUCAAGAGGAUUUAAAAUUAAAACCAUUAAAUUACGUGGUGAAAUCUCUCAAGGUUAUUGCAUACCAAUUAAAGAGUUGAUCAAUCAUCCACAUAAGAAAAUCAAAGCAGUUUAUAAAGAAGAGGAGGAUAAUAAUAAUGAAACCAUCGUUCAUUUAUUAGAUGAAGAUUCAAACGAGAAGAUUCCAAUUGAAAUGGGUAGAAAUUUAACAGAUUUCAUUGGCAUUAAAAAGAUUACAGAGUAUGUCCAAAUACCAAGAAAUGUUAAUGGGUCCAAUAGGAAAGCUUACACAUUUCCAUCUUUUAUAAAGAGAACCGACCAAACUCGUAUUCAAAGUGUUCCACAUUAUUUCGAUCUUCAUCAAGAUUUGCUAUGGGAGGUUACAGAGAAAUUGGAGGGUUCUUCAAUCACCGUCUUUAAAAAAGGUAAAGAGAGUGGUGUCUGUUCAAGGAAUUUCCUAAUUGAGGAUUUCCAAGGCUCGGAUAUCCACCAAGCUGUCAUUGAGGAUUUGGAUCUUCUUAAUAGACUUUCCACUAUUGAUUUGAAUAUUGCUUUACAAGGUGAGAUUUUGGGACCUAAAAUUCAAGGUAACAUUUAUCAACUUCGUAAAAACUAUUUUAAAAUCUUUGAUAUCUUUUUAAUCGAUUCACAACGUUAUGCCACUCAUGAUGAACGUAUUGAAAUUUUAAAUUCUUUAAAAUUAACACCAUCUGAUCAUAUGGCUCCUGUAAUCUCAAAUAGUUUCUCACUCAAAGGUAAAACUUUAUCAGAUAUCUUGGAUAUGGCAAAUGGUUUCUCAAUUUUAAAAGAAUCAAAACCAAAAAUUCUACGUGAAGGUUUAGUCUUUAAAUCAACUUCAACUAUUGGAUCUGUUAAUCAAUCUGUUGUAUCUUUUAAAGCAAUUUCAAAUCAAUAUUUAUUAAAAAAGAAAUAA